AUGCUACUUACGUUCAAGUUGGACAACUUCCCCUUCAUCCUUACCAUCGUCUUCCCUUUGGAUAUGUAUGUCACCCUCAUUCUCGGUGUACUUGGCCUAUGGCUUCUUUGGACUGGGUUCCACCUAGUCUGCCAGAUGGUUCGAGCCCGGGCAAUCGGCCUGCCCUGGACGGUUUUCCCUUUCACGGAAAUGAACACUUUCUUCAUGACCCUCUGCUCAUUUGACUGGGUACUCCACAUCAUUAACCACUGGCUCCCCGUUUGGCUGGCGGAUCUCAUCAAUGAUAAUGUUAUGACCCAUCACUUCUCUGUCAGGGACCGACGCACCAAACAGCUAGGAACAAUGUAUAUCAUUGCCACUCCCGAAAACGUUCGCUGCCAUGUUGCCGAUGCAGCCGUCGUCAACCAGAUCUGCAGCUCGCGGCACCAGUUCCCCAAGCCGCUGGAUCAUUAUGGCUCAAUGACACUAUAUGGGCCAAAUGUUGUCGCUUCUGAAGGAAAGGAAUGGACUCGUCAUCGGCGCCACACGGUAUCUGCCCUAAGUGAGAAGAACAAUGCGCUGGUAUGGCAGGAGACUGUGCUCCAGACCACCCAGAUGCUCCAAUACUGGUCGGAGCAGUAUACGACCGAUAGUGCAGGUCGAAUUCAGCUGAGUCCUAAGGAUGACGUCCUCAAACUCACACUGAAUGUGCUCUGCAGUGCAGGAUUUGGUGUCCAGCUACCUUUCAAGCCCAGCCCCGACGCCGCGACCAACACCACCGUCGCCACCAUGUUUCGCGAUGCUCGCAAGCCACCGCCAGGCUUCAAAUUUACCUUGCGUGCCGUGAUGGAGUACAUGACCGGUCAUUGGAAUUCAAUCUUCAUCGCCAACGCCAUGCUGCCAAAAUCAAUCCCUCGGGCCUUCUUCCCUUGCUAUCGUGACGAUUUCGCCGCAUACGACGAUCUUGGCCAGUAUCUACGGGCAAUGAUCGCUCAGGUAGAGAGUGAUGGGGUGGAUCAUGGCCGACCGUAUCAUAAUGUGCUGCAGGGGCUGGUCCGCGCGAGGCAUUUACUAGGUCGCAGCGAGGAUGCCCAAACCAGCUCACUCAGCGACAUUGAGGUGCUCGGCAACGCGCACGUCUUCAUGCUGGCCCAUGAGAGCACAGGGGCCACUAUCCGCUUUGCCUUGGUCUUGAUGGCGAUGCACCAGGAUAUCCAAGAAUGGAUGUAUCAAUCCAUCUGUGACGUUGUCAGGGAGUAUCCAACAGAUCCGCAGAACUGGGACUACGCCGUGAUAUACACCAAGCUUGUGGGACCAUUAUGUGUGAUGCUGGAGACGAUGAGGCUCUAUCCCCCAGCUCCCGUCAUCAUCAAAACUACCGGCCAAUCCUCCGCAGAUGUCACCUACCAAGAGCGGACGAUCCUCCUGCCUCCGAACAGCAACGUUUCUAUGAAUAUUACCAGUCUGCACUACUCGCCGGAGUACUGGGGUGAUGAUGCGACCGUUUACGAUCCAUCGCGAUGGGACAAGAGGAAUGUAGACAGCUUCCUCGCCCGCAACGACGACCAGCCUGGCCUGGCAGCGGCGGGACUUGAAUAUCCCACUAUCCAUAAACCGGUUCGUGGCGCAUAUAUUCCCUUCAGCGACGGGAUUCGUUCCUGUCUCGGCAAGAAAUUUGCGCAGGUAGAGUUUGUGACUUUGUUUGCUGUCGUUUUCUCUCGCUAUCGAGUAGAUAUUGCGGUCGCCGCGGGGCAGAAGAGAUCAGAAUGUGUUGCUCGGGCAGUUAAGGCGCUGGACGAAUCUGUUUGUUUUGCCUUGUCGUUGGAUAUGAUUGAUGAUGUGCCGCUCUCUUUUCACCCAAGGUAG